AUAGAAACAAUAAAAAUGAGUGAAAAUAUAACUGAUGAUGAAGAUAUUCCGGAUGUUUUUACUGUUGAGAAGAUUUUGGACCAGAGGCAAUCCAAUGGUCAAGUUCAAUACUUUGUGAAAUGGCAGAAUUAUCCCGACGAAGAUAACACCUGGGAAAUGGCAACAUCUCUGGACUGUUUUACGCUGAUCAACUCUUUCAAAAAACUUCGCCUUAAAAGGGGACUACUUCUCAACCAAGAAUAUGAAAGAAAGGCCAAGCGGCUGAAACUUGAUCCAUGCUUAGUACUUGAUAAUCCUUUUAACUAUGAUUUUAGAGCUCAAGCAAUUCUCAAGGCCUUUAAAAGCAGUGGUGAAGUAUCGUUUGUAAUCAGGUUCUUUGAACUCGAUCAACCUCAAAUUGUUCCAUCUGGGAUUGCCUACGCAGAAAUACCUCAGAUGGUCCUCCACUUUUACGAAAAGCACUGCAACUUUGGAUCGAAUUUUAAGACCCGUGCAGACCUGAGAAACUAUCUUUAACUUUAAACAAGUUGGUGACAAAAAAAGGUAUUGUUUUCGUUUAUUUCUUCGAGGGUAAAUAAAAAAGCGCGGCGCUUUGCAUAAUAUUAC